GAGAGAGGCAUAAGAAAAACAGAAGGGAAAAAGUGAAGGCAUUAGACAGCAAAAUAAACCAAUAAUUGAAUAGAAAAAAAGGGAAGAUUUUGGAGAAAACAAUCUAUUGGGAGGAGGAGGGGAGUACAAUAGUACAGAGUAUCACAGCAAAUUCAGUAAUGAUAUUGGGCAGAGAUCUUGGAAAUCUUAUUUACGAGCAGGAUAGUAUAGUAGGCUAAGUUGCCACUGGUGGUCACUGCCGGCUGCUACCGCCAUUAAAGACCUCUCUCUCGUUUUCUCCUUUAUAGCAGAGCACUUGGUGAUGUACUGUUCCAUUCAUUUUCCGUGGCCAUAGCCCAUAGCCAGAGCCAGAGCCAGAGCCAGACACACUUUCUCUCUCUACAAAUGUCCAUGUAGAAAGGGAAUUGGGAGGAGGGUGGUUCCGUAAAGUGAUCUGGGGUUUCCCUGGUCAAGUGGGUAUCUAUCACAUAAAGAGACAUAGCUCUCUCAAAAGCUGUGCUGAAACAGAGAGAGAGGGAGAGAGAGGGAGAGAGAGAGAGAUGGGUUAGGCUGUGGAGUUGGAACUGGGUUUAGGCUUCUGGUGGAGGUGGGGGGAUGGAAGUGAAAACUGAAAAAGAUGAAUGGCAGAGCUUUUUGGGAGAGGCAGACGAGGCGGCAGCGGCAGAAGCAGCAGGUUGCAGAGUGGUGGCAGCAGCAGCAGCAGCAGCAAUGGCAGGAGGAGGAGGGAGGAGGGAGAGAGGAAGAUAGAAGAAGCCAUUAAGAUUAGGAAAAAGCAGUACCCAUUUAAAGCUGGAAGAAGAAAAGCAAAACAAUCCGAGUCUGGAUCCUCAAGGAAGUCGCCAUCAUCAUCAUCAGCAUCAAAACCAGAUUCUAAAUUCGAGGCAUGUAGACGGAAAAGCAGAGGAAGACGACCAAGAUUCUCCGCCCCACCACCGCCAACACCACCACCAUCAGCAGCAGCAACCACAGCCUUUCAAUGCGCACCAGAAUCAGCAUCUUUUUCUUCAAAACGCUCACCAAGACCAAAAUCUGAGCAAUUACUACGCAGCUUUAGAUUUACAGUCAGAACAACAACAACCCCACCACCAGGAAGCCUCCAAGGAACGCUCGUACUUUCACCUUCCUCCACCUCAUCCGGUGGCGGCCUCUGCCGCCUCUUCUUCCACUUUCGCAGACCAGAGCAUCGAAUAUGCGAGAAAAAUGGAAGAGAGCCACCGCCAAACAUCGACGUCGUCAAGGUUGGGGAUGAGAACUGGCCGCGGCGGCGGCGGCGGUGGGGAGAUUAUGGAGGUUCAAGGUGGACACAUUGUUCGUUCCACUGGAAGGAAAGAUCGUCACAGCAAAGUUUGUACAGCUAAAGGUCCAAGAGACCGCCGUGUUCGCCUCUCUGCUCAUACCGCCAUCCAGUUCUACGACGUCCAAGACCGCCUCGGAUAUGACCGACCCAGUAAAGCUGUAGACUGGCUAAUGAAAAAGGCCAAGGCCGCCAUUGAUGAGCUCGCCGAGCUCCCUGCUUGGCAUCCGAGCACAGCAAACGCAUCCACACAGCGGCAGGAGCAGCAGAGUCUGAACGAUGUGAAUGGUAACUUACUUUCUGUCCAACGCGAUGUUCUCAAUUCAACCGGUAACCGGAGAGCGACGGUGGUGGGAAGCGACAGCAGAGUUUCGGAGUUUCCUCGGCAAAACUUGCAGCAUACCCGAAUGGGGGAAGGCCCAAAUAGCAGCACCUCGAGCUUUCUCCCACCGUCGCUGGACUCGGACUCCAUUGCCGAUACCAUCAAGUCGUUCUUCCCUAUAGGCACGGCGACGGAGACGAGUUCAUCGUCAAUUCAAUUCCAGAAUUAUCCACAAGAUUUGCUUUCCAGGACGAGUAGCCAGAACCAAGAUCUGAGGCUUUCUUUGCAGUCUUUUCAAGACCCAAAAGCUAUUCACCGGCAUCAUGCUCAGCACCAGAGUCAAGGACAUCAGAAUGAACACGUCCUAUUUUCCGGUACCUCCCCCUUAAGUGGGUUUGAUGUGACCACUGCUGGUUGGUCUGAGCACAACCUCAACCCGGGGGAGAUUAGCCGGUUCCCGAGGAUAACUUGGAACGCAUCUGGUGCAGAAACUGGUAGCGGCGGCGGCACUAGUCAUGGCGGAGCUGGGAUUAGGAGUACAGGAUAUGUCUUCAACUCGCCGCAGUUACCAACUGCGCUGUUACCUUCGCAACUCAUGCAGCCAUUAAUUGGAGAAAACCAGUUUUUUUCUCAGAGGGGACCCCUUCAGUCCAGUCACACACCUUCAAUUCGCGCUUGGAUUGACCCAUCACUUACAGCCACUGAUCAUCAACAACAUCAAAUACCACCAUCAAUCCACCAAUCUUCCUACACAGGUUUAGGAUUCGCCACAGGCGGGUUCUCCGGGUUUCACAUUCCAACGCGAAUUCAGGGUGAGGAGGAGCACGAUGGCAUUUCAGACAAGCCAUCCUCUGCUUCCUCUGAUUCUCGCCAUUGAUUUGAUCAAAAUCCCAAGAUUUUCCCUUUCACAGACGUUAUGUUAUUGCAGGUGUGCAUCCUCAACUACAAAGACAAGGUUAGCAGCACCAGCGUUAAGACACCGCAUGGUACUCAAGAGGGCAGAAUUUUGGGUCGUUUUGUUUCAAGGCCUUUACCAUGGAAGUAGUGAUUCUGAGUACUUUUUCAGGUCUUAUAGUCCAUGGUUUAUUUAGCUUCUGCCAGUUGUUUGUGUUAUUUCAUGCUGCCAAAUAACAAUAAUAAUGAAAGAACUCUUAGGUCUAAUCUUUGACGAAUCCUUCGAUGGAACUGUCUAUCUUAUUUGUUUCUGUAGCAAAACUUUCAUUGUUCUGAUUACUUCUUUUUAAUCAAUAUUUCAAUUUUAGUUUCUUUGG